AUGCCAAUAAACUUAAUUGAUGUCCUAUUCACAAGGUUGUGUCAAUUUGGAAUUAACUCAUUUAAGGAUGAUGAUGGAGACACGAAAGUAGUUUCCCUGGAUCAACUUCUGCAAACUAUUGAAGGCUCAAGGAUUUCCUUUAUAAUUUUCUCAAAAUGUUAUGCCGACUCUAGAGAUUGUCUUGAUAAUCUAGUAAAAGUUGUUGAAUGGAAGCAUUUAUUAGUUCUACUUGUUUUCUACGACGUUGAUUCUUCUCAUGUUCACAAACAAACAGGCAUAUUUAGUGAUGCCUUGGCGAGACAGGAAGUACGCCACAGGAUAGAAAAGGUGGAGAAGUGGAAAGCUGCACUAACAAAAGUUGCAAAUCUAUCAGGAUGGCACUUGGAAAAUAUUGGACAAGGAUGCUUCUUAGUUAUCGAUGAAAGUAACGAACUCGCCAUGCACUGUACUAUUCGAGAUAUGGGAAGAGAAAUUAUUUGUCAAGAAUCACCAAAUGAGUCUAGCAAGCAUAGCAGGUUGUUCUUUGAGGCAGAUGUUUCUGAUAUACUUUUGGGAGACUUGAUUAACUGUACCCUUUAA